AUGGCAUCUCCGUCUCCUUCCGGCUGGGGAGCAGUCCCUGCUGCGUCAGGUGGCCCAGAACGGCGGCCUAACACUCAGCGGCCGAUUCACCGCGCGGACCCGUAUGCUGCUUCUCUUCUAGGACGUCUCGCAAGCAAGCUCGCCUCUUCAGUCUCCUCAUUCUUUUCGUCUGCUCCUGCUCGGAAAGCAUCGCCUCAGGGCACCUCGAUUUCUUCGUCUCCCAGUGUUCGCAUUCGUCCCGUCCUUUGUGCCUCUCCGUCGCCGACUCUUUGGGGCUCAUCUGCUGCACUUUCCGCAGACAGAGAAGUUUCGGGCAGUGAAAGGACUGGCGCGCGUCCGUCGGCCUCUGGUCGAGGGCCUCUUGUGGAGGCAUUAGAUCCAUCUCUAUGGCCUCGAGACAACAUCUCGUUCCCAUCUACCUUGGCAGCGCCAACGAGGGAGUUGUCGCGGCAAGGGCCAGCUUGUCUGCCAGGUUAUGACCCUGUCGCGGAGAGUCACGAUGCUCUCUCGAUACCCAGGGGUUCCUCCCAGUACGUGGGCUCGUCGCCACAAGAGCUUGCGGAUCGGCCAGAGGCUCAGUGGCAGCGAAUGGACGCUCUUCCGCCUUCCACGAACGCCUCUCCAGGCGGGGACCUGCAAAUGGGGUGGCAGCCCCAGGGGACCGGUCAAACGGAUCGUGUGCCGCCUGAACCUCUGUUUGAUGGCGUGUCCGGCCGACAACACUUCCCUGCGGGUGCAGGAGACUCUCUGAGGAGCCUUGAAGCUUCGAGCCGUUUCAGCCAACAACAGUGGCUGUUGCAGCAGGGCGCCUGGGGACCCCAGCCCGCUGUGGAUGGGACGUUGUUGCCAGCGCCUACACAUGGUGGCUAUCCCCUUCGUUCUGUGGAUCGCCCAGCGCCGGCGUCUGCCCGUGCGUUGGCCGGCUACUCGAUUCCGGGCGAGCCUCUGACCCAUCCUGCCUAUUUGCGGCCGUCUCUAAAUGGCCACCGUGCACGCUUUACAGCUGCUGCGCACUCUCUCAACACGGAGGCGAGAGUCGCGGGUUCUCUGGACUCGUCUGGGCCUAUCCGGCGGCGGGGAUCCGAGGCACGACCGACGCAACCGACCGGUCCCCCCGUACCUGUCCUGCGGCUCCAUCCCACGCGAAACAGUCGUAGCCACCCGACAAGCUGGCUUCGGCAAGAAGAACACUUAACAGUAGACCAACUCCAGAGACUCUAUCUGCGGUGUCAGCCCCUGCGGUGGCGGGUGAGGUUGCGCGAGCUCUUCCGGCAGGAAGUCGAGAGCGCUGGCGCCGUCGGCAUCGUCGCUGAGGAGGUACCCAGUGGCCGGGGCCCUCCGGUAGGACACAAGGUUGCUCACGAACGACAAGUCGACUCGGAAGGCGUCGGAUCUCUCCAGGAUGACGUGCGGCGAGUUGACGGCUCUGUUGGCAGCGGAACGUCGCCUGGACGAGACCGGGCUUCCGGAUCGAGUUUUGAGAUGCGUGAGGAGACAGUGACUGCUGGAGCCCAAGUGUCUAGGCGGAGUGCGGCUGGUGCGCCGGACCGCAAGAAAAUCGGCGAGGAUGCCGGGGCGAAUGAACACGGGGAGACAGAUGGAAUCCCGCUUUCCAAGGGCGGAUUGUUUGCGUCUUUGAGUCAGCUAGAUGCAAAACAGUCUGUCGUGUCGGAACGACGUGGAGCGUUUCUUGAAACAAAUCGAGACAUGCCUUCCACUGGCCUUGGCAGGUCGGUGGGCGCCGCUAGCACCACACUGCAACGCUCCCUUCUCUCUGACCACAGAUGCGGAGACUCCGGAGCUCAGUCGCUUUUCGGAAGCACGGCCGUACGGGAGGGAGAUGGACUCAGUACGGGAGGUGUGACCACGAACACCAAAGGCUCCAGUCAAGAGCCUGCGGCAGCGUUUUCCCUUGCCUCCGCAGGUGGCGGUGCGGGGGGUGCCUCGACACUGUUCGCGGGUAGAGAAGCAACCGACAAGGAGGCUGCGCAAGGACGGCUAGACCCUGAGCAUCGAACUUCGGCAACGGGUGGGGGUGGAGCCUUAGCCCGCGACCAGACGUCUGCAGCGCUGCAGGCCUCCCCGGGCACGAGCGGUCCGGCAGCUGGACUGCUCUUUCAGGCGAGCUCUUCACUUCUGCCUACUUCGCAAGCAGCGGCAGGAGACGUGUCUGGUGAAAAACCGAGCGGCGCAAGUGGUAGUAGUCUGUUCAGCGCACCCAAAGGCGGCAAUGGUGGCGAGGGAGAGACGGCUCCGCCCACUACCCAAAGCAGUGCCAAAAGUGCAGCUUUCGCCCAGCCUGCCACAACGUCGCUGUUCGGAGGAGGCAGUUCUUUCUCGGGGGGAUCGAGUCUCUUCGGGAAAACACCAGACCGAGAAGUCACGGGCAAUAAAGACUCGCAAAUACUGCCUACAUUCGGAAGGCUUGCCUCAUCGUUGGCCUCCGAUAGCACGAGUGAGACUGCAACGAAAGGGGCGAGCCUAUUCGGAGGUGUUUCUGCGUUAUCCGCUGUGUCAAAUCUCUCUGGCGCCGACUCGAAAUCCGCCACGGCACCAUCUCGCCGCGAGCCUGCUGAGAAACCCCAUGAACCUUCUAGCGGGAAAGAAGGAACACCUACGGAUAUUGAGGGAGUCGGAAAGACCGCGUCGUCUACUGCGAACACAGCUAGCGAGGGAGACGCGAAACCGCAAGACAAGGGCGCCGCGGAAGGACAGGCAUCUCAAAGUGAGGCUUCUGCCGUGCCUUGGUGGCAACAGAAUGUGGGCAAGGCUUGUCUGGUGCAGGUUGAAGACGACGGUUUUGCUCCGGACGCAGACGAUGACGCUGACGAAAAGGAGACAGGAUCUGCCGCUGGUGGGGGCGCUGGAGCCACACGGCACACGUUCGCGACGCCGGUCUCAGGUGGAAGCCUCUUUGGAAGUAGCGCGACAGAGUCAAAGCCGCCCACGACGACGUCGAGUCUCUUUGGCACUUACAGUUCCGUGGCAUCAACAACAGCUUCCAGUUCGACGAGCGGCGCCGGCGGAGGCCUCUUCGGGGCGACGACUUCAGGUUUGUUCGGAAAAACUAGCUCUUCUCUAGGGGCGUUCGGGACUGGUACCCAAUCGCAGGCGGCGUCGUCAGCGGCUCCACCGUCCCUUUUCGUUUUCGGAGGAGGACAAAAGACGGGAGAAGCAGGGAAGCAAAGCUCAGGGAGUGCGUCGGGUGCGACUGCUAGUGGGGGUGGCCCGUCUGGAAGUUUAUUCGGUAGUUCAGUAUCGGCACCAGCAGCGGGGGCAGCCUCCGGCAGCUCUGCCGAAAGGGAGAAAUCAACGACAGGGAACCUCUUUGUUUUUGGAGGCAGUGCCGCAACGACCGGUUCAGGGACUGCCGGCGAGGCAACGGCUGCAAAGGCGCCAGGGACAGGCCUCUUUGUGUUUGGUUCCUCUGGAGGUGUCUCUCAAUCAGCUAGCAGCAAUUCGAGUGGUUCAACGAAGAGAGGACGAGAAGGAGGCGAUGCUGGAGCCCCGGCAGCGAAGAGUGUUUUCGGGGGAGCGACGGUGCCGGGUGCAUCCACCACAGGAAGUCUCUUUGGCAUGAGUUCAGUGCCGUCUCUGUUCGGAGGUACCGCAUCGGCGGGAACUGGUGGGGGCUCGACUUCGUCAAGCCUUUUUGCUUUGGGGGCGAGUGCCAGCGGGGCGAAGGAGACAGCUGGAAAGGAAGCAGGGUCGGCCGCGCUCGGCGCCGCGGGUGCGAGUCCCUUCGGUGAUCGAUCGUCAACACCUGUGUUUGGAGGUACAGGGACUGCCGCCGGUUCUACUUCCUCUCUUUCAACGGUCUUUGGAGAAUCCAAGGCAGAGGGAAACACGGGUAAUCCGUUUCAGCUCGGCAAAGCGCCCGCUGGCAAAACCCUUGGGGCUGGCACCGGCUCUCUCUUCGGGAACACUGGAGGAACAAGCUCAACUGGAACGAGUCUCUUUGGAGCCUCGUUGGGGGCGCCGGGCGGCGGAGUCUCGGGGAGUCUGUUUGGCUCUGGAACUGGAGGAGCAGAGUCUCAGAGAUCGAGCGCUGCCCCAGUAGCCUCAUCUUCGUUUGGUAGCCAAAGUGUCUCAAAUGGAGGAUCGUCUGGGAGCACAAGUCUAUUCGGGAGCGCGGUUGCAUCACGGCCUUUCACCUUCGGCGCGAGUGCCGCUGGAGGAGACGCUCAGGGCUCCACAGGUGCCGCAGGAGCGUCAGUUGCAGGAAGCACGGGGUUGUUCGGUGUAGGGACCGGGGCCGCAGCACAGGGACACAGUGCGGAAGAUGGCAGUUCACUUUUUGGACCUCAAGCAGGCGGUCCCGUUGUUCGACGCCCGCGGCUGACUAUAAAAAGAACAAAGAAAUGA